UUUUCCGAGGAGACAUUUAAGGCAGCAUAUCCUCCAGUCUUCCGCUUGUCACACGGACACAACAUGACCGCUUCUCUCGUCCGGAGGCUAGCGGCGCUGUCAGGGGCUAGCGCGGUGGCAGCCGGGGCGUACGGGGCUCACGGUUUCAAAAACAGCGACCCCGAUGACUACCAGAGAGUGCUGUUUGAAACUGCCAACAAAUACCACUUCUACCACAGCCUGGCUCUGCUGGGCGCUGCUCACUGUGGCAAACCUGCUGUGGCUGGCACCCUCCUGAUAGCGGGCAUGGGGAUGUUCUGUGGCUCUCUGUACCACCAGGCCCUGACAGGGGACCCUGGCCUGCGCAAGGUGGCUCCUAUGGGGGGCAUGGCCAUGAUCGCCGGCUGGCUGGCCAUGAUUCUGUGAGCCCGCUGACAGCCUGCAUCUCCUCCACAGGGACUCUGCGUGACAUUAAACUGUCAAACUUCUUUAUCAGUGAACUGAAGAGCUUGUGAGAGUUGGAUGAGACACUAAAAGGGCUGUGUUACAAUGUCACUCAUCUGACCAUUCCCCUCAGUGCUUGUGGGUGUCAGUGUGAGAUAAGGCCACAGUGGGAUUAUCGCUUUACCUCCCGCUUUCUAGGUUCUGACUGGUGCCCUUUGACUCAUUUUGUUUGUGUGUGUUUGGAUGCAUGAGAAUGUGAAUAUGUUAUAUACUAUGCCACAAUUAAAGAGCAUACCUCCUCAAAGA